AUGACGUCCACGAUCGCAGCGAAAAGCAAACCCCUACCGGCCGGCAUAUACUGCCCCGUCCUGUCACUUUAUAAGCCUACCGUACGCCAGGAGAUCGACUACGAUGCCUCAUACAAGUAUUUUGUCUACCUAAUCCGCGGGGGUGUAGACGGUCUGGUGAUGGCUGGAACGACAGCCGAAGCAGUUCUGCUGCCAGCAAGUGAAAGGCAAGAGCUGGUCCGCGUUGCGCGCCGCGCUGCGAGUGAUCUGAGGCUCCCCCAGUUCCCGAUUGUGGCUGGGAUCAGCGGACAGUCUACAAACGAAUCUAUUCGUCUGGCAGAGGAGGCGCACGAAGCAGGGGCGGAUUUUGGCCUCUUGCUGCCCCCGUCCUACUGGGUCAAAGCCGUGACUAAGGAGGUGAUUGUCGAUUUCUAUCGCGACGUCGCCGACAAUAGUCCAAUCCCGAUCGUGAUCUAUAGCUUCCCUGCCAUGUGUAACGGGGUCGACCUGAAUUCGGACAUUAUGUCGGAACUGGCGCAGCAUCCCAACAUCGUCGGCACGAAGCUCACAUGCGGAAAUGCAGGCAAAGUCACCCGAUUGACGCACGAAUACGCCCAUGAGCAGUUCGCGGUAUACGCAGGCUCCUCGGACUGGCUGCUGCCAUGUCUCAUUGGAGGCGGCUCAGGCUGCGUGACCGGGAUUGGGAAUGUCUUCCCCAAAUCUGUCGCUCGGCUAUACGCACUAUGGAAAGACGGCAAAGUGCAAGAGGCGACAAAGUUGCAAGGAUUGGUAGCGCAGGCGGAGAAGGCGUGCAAGGAGGGGAUCGCACCGACGAAGUUCGCAGCCAGCUAUUUCGCUGGGCCUGGGGCGGGCGUCACUGAUCCCAAGGCAUUCUGGCCCAGAAGGCCGUAUAGGCCUUCAGGCAAGGAGAAGCAAGACUGGGUCGUGCAGGUUAUGCAGCAUCUGGUUGAGAUUGAGCAGUCAAUACCGGAUCGAGUCUAG